CACAGGAAUACACAAUCGAGGCUGGGCAGGAGCCGCUCUGGGCGUGCGGGCGCGGGCUUCGGCUCCUUCCCCUCAGCCCCGCGCUCCCCUUUUGUUCCCCUCCAGCCAGCGCCGGAGUCCUCCUGGCAGCCUGAGCCCGGGAGCCGCCGCCGCGCCAGCUCCGUCUGCCUCCGGAUUGGUCCCUCUCCCCGAGCGCCGGCCCGGGGUUGGCUGCUGGGCGGCUGAAGAACAGGUGCAGCGGGCGGCUCAGCGAGCAGCCGCCGGGCGCUGGUGCGGUGCUGCGGGACGGCAGGACGGGGCCCCUGGGGGCGGGCCGGAGCCGAGCCCGGAGCGCAGGAAUGUGGCCGGCGGCGCCUGGAUGCGGACGUCGGCGAUAGAGGAAUCCGCGCGGCUGUGACUCGGGGGGAGGAGGGGGGGCGGCAGGAUGCUCUCAGCGCCGCGGCGGGAGGCUGGAGAGCGCCUGCGGAUUUAGCUGAUUCAGCGGAGGGUUUUUUUUCUCCCCCACCCGCGGGGCUGGAGAAAUGCCCCCGCCUGCCUGAGCCGCCCGCGCCCGUCCCCGCGGCCGCGGCUCCCUGAUGCUCCGCGGUCCCCGGCGGCGGCGAGGAUGAGCGACGGGCUGGCCUGCGCCUCCCCGCCGGGGGCUGCUGCUGCGGCGGCGGCGGCCGAGGAGGGGGCGGCGGCGGCGGCCGGGGGCCCCGACGGGGAUGGGGCGCCGGCCCCCCCGCGGGAGCUGCGAUGUAGCGACUGCAUCGUGUGGAACCGGCAGCAGACGUGGCUGUGCGUGGUGCCGCUCUUCAUCGGCUUCAUCGGCCUGGGGCUCAGCCUCAUGCUGCUCAAGUGGAUCGUGGUGGGCUCGGUCAAGGAUUACGUCCCCAACGAGCUGAUGGAUUCCAAAGGGAUCGGGCAGGACCCUUUCUUCCUCUCCAAGCCGACCACCCCACCCAAGAGCAUGGAGACCACCACGGCCGCCGCCGCCACCUCAAGGACACCCAACCGGAUCAGCACCCGCUUAACCACCAUGACCAGGGCGCCCACCCGCUUCCCGGGUACCCGGGUGCCCAUGCGGGCCAGCCCGAGAUCCACCACUGUGCGGCACACAGCGGCCCCCCCGACCGUCCUCUCCACCACUGUUCCCUUCAGCACCACCAUCCUGACCUCCCGCCCGCUGCCCGGGACCCCCAGCACCCCGCCGGUGCCCAUCUGGCCCACUGCGGCAUACGCUACCUCCUCCUAUAAGAUCUAUGUCCACGAUUCUGCUCCGUCCUGGACCUUAUCUCCCUUCCAGGAGUCCACCACCACCACGCCAGAAACUAGCACUACCCCCAAAUCCCAUACCACAACAUAUUCCACUGAGCGAUCUGAGCACUUUAAGCCAUGCAAAGACAAGGAUCUUGCAUACUGUCUCAAUGAUGGAGAAUGCUUUGUGAUUGAAACUUUAACAGGAUCACACAAACACUGCCGAUGCAAAGAAGGCUACCAAGGAGUCCGCUGUGACCAAUUUUUGCCGAAAACCGACUCAAUCUUGUCAGAUCCAACAGACCAUUUAGGAAUUGAAUUCAUGGAGAGUGAAGAGGUAUACCAACGGCAGGUGCUGUCUAUCUCCUGUAUCGUCUUUGGCAUAGUCAUAGUGGGCAUGCUCUGUGCAGCAUUCUACUUCAAAACAAAAAAACAAACAAAACAAAUUCAGGAACAGCUGAAAGAAACACAGAAUGGGAAAACCUACAGCUUAAAUGCUUCCAGUAUGAUGGCAAAAUCAGAGACCUUGACCCAAAACAGAGUCCAGCUACAAAAUUAUUCAAAGACAAAUAGGCAUUCUGGACCUGGGAUGGAUAAAGUUAUGGAGUCUAGUUUUUCAGGCACUCAAUCUUUCUCAGAAGCCUUGUCACCUGAUAGAGGAAGCCAGCCUGUCAAGCAACAUAGAAGUCUCUCUUCAUACUGUAACCCAGGACAAAGAACUGGAAUGCUACACAGGAAUGCCUUUCGGAGGACUCCACCCUUACCUCGGGGUAGGUUUAAUGGAAUUACGGGACCAGCAUAUCAACAGCUAGAAGAGUCAAGGAUCACAGAUCAGGAUGCAAUACCUUGCCAAGGGUAUUCAUCCAUUGGUUUGAAAACUUCUCAGAAUACUUCAAUAAAUAUGCAACUGCCUUCAAGAGCGACAACCCCUUAUUUUACUCAUGUGGAUCAGAAGGCCUUAGUUGGAUAUUCAUCUUCAAGGGCCAACUCAGUUCCUAUCAUCCCCUCCGUUGGCUUGGAUGAGGCCUGCAUGCAAAUGCAGAAUGUUUCUGAAGUAACAGGCAUCAAAUGGUGCAAAAACUCCUAUUCCGCUGAACUUGUCAAUGUGAGUGCCCCUGUCAGCAAUUGUCUUAUAGCAGAACAACAAGAAGUGAAAAUAUUGCUAGAAACUGUCCAGGAGCAGAUUCGAAUUCUAACUGAUGCAAGAAGGUCAGAGGACUAUGAACUGGUGAGCGCAGAAACAGAGAAUAGCGCAAGUGAAAACACAGCAUUUCUGCCCAUGAGUCCCAUGGCAAAAUCGGAACGAGAGGCACAAUUUGUCUUAAAAAGUGAAACACAAAAAGACUCAACAUUGACCAAGUGACUUUUAGGGGCUGGGGGUGGGGAAAUAAAGGAUCUGUGCAUUCAAUGCUUUGCUAAAAAGGUAAAGGAGGAAAUUAAAUACAAAUUAUUUAUAUGCAUUAAUUUAAGAGCAUCUACUUAGAAGAAACCAAAUAGUCAGUCGCCCUCAUAUCAUAGUGUUUUUUAACAGAAUAUUUUUUUAAGGGAACAAAAAGUUACAGAAGUGAUCAAGCUUACAUCAGAAGCUUUCUUGGCAGGGUUACACACAGCUUCAGUUACAGUAUGUUUUAAAACUGACCUGUUUAUCCAUUAGAAGGCUUAGGCUAUGCAUCUUUUUCAAAAUGGCCAACACCAUUCAUAGACUCAUUUUUGGUUUCAAGGUAAUGCUAAAGCAGUCUACCAGGGAUUCAUACCCUAGUUAGGAACCCCCUCUAGCAUCAAAUAUAAUCCAGGCUCAUGAUUAGACCUCCAUUUAAUCCAGUCACAUGGCUGGCCUAAGAUUCAUAAUUUUAAAAACACACACACACACACACACACACACACACACACACACACACACACACAUCGAUCUUUCCUGCCUGAUUUCUAAAACAGCAAAGGCAUUAAGCCUGAUGCCUAAGUAUGUACCUUGCUUUAAGAACAUGCAUUGUCCCAAUAAAAUCAACAGGAAAACCAUGAGUUUUCAAGUUAGCUCAUGCUUGCUGAAAUGAUCCAGCAUUGCUGGAUUUUUUGAUGGAAAGAGCAAGAGAGAGAUGAAGAAUAUGUGUGUGCACGUGUUUGCAUUCCUGUAUUGUUUAUUUUCAUCUGAGAAAGUAAAACACAUUAUUUGUCACACAAACUCACAGUAUUUUCAGAAUGUUAUACUUUGAAAAUAUGUGUUAGCUCCAAAGGAGCACUUGUGUCUCCAUUUUUUUUUAAUUUAUUUUUGUUUUAUUUUGUUCAGAGAUCAGUUAUAUCCAGUUAUGUAUGUGGCCCUAGUUUGAUGCCUCUUUAAGGUUGCUCCUCUCCCCCCCUUCCUUUUUUCUCCAGUCAUUUUAAUUAAGCAUGAUUUAGGCUUCUGCACCCAAAAACCACUAUGCGCAGACCCAUGCCGUUGAUAUCUUGACCUUAACGGAGCUUCAAAUGUAUUUGUUCCACAUAGACCCAUUAGGCACAUUGAGGCUUAAAGGAGGAAAUCUCUAUGGCUGGUAAAACUGUUCCAAGCAACUUGCAACUUUCAGAUUUUCUUUUUUCUUUGUGGAUUUUUAUUUCACCAUAACACAAUAUGCCACUAAUGAACCAAUUUCAAUAGUGACAGAAGUAUCUUUUUUUUUUAAUGAAAUCUGCUUAAAUUAUUUGUAAAAAAUAAAUAAAUAAUGAAUUAAAGGAGAUAAUCACCAAAUAGCCUUCCUUGUUUAAUGCCAGAAUAAUAUUAUUUUUCACUCUGAAGUACACAAAAAAAGAUCAAGACACUCCUUUAUAGCAAAGUAACUGCUAAACUUACGAGAUGUACCCUAGACUUUCCAGUUCACUAAUUUUAAGAGUAAGUUCCCAAAAUAGCACAAUCAAUUGGUCCAGUGCUAUUGUAUGCUAAAUCACAAUACAGCAAUAUUUUAAACUCUGUCAAGUGAACUGAAAAAUAAUGCUGAAGGCAUAUAUCAUUUAUAUUCCCCAACUAGGGCAUUAAAGAAGAAUUUAGUACUCACAUAACAAGUCUUUUUUAUUUUAAUGCAAAGUUUAUGAGAUUGUCUUGUUUACACAACUUUCUAUGGCUGUAGUCUUUGCUGUGUGUUUUCAAUAAAAAUGUAUUUGAGGGCACACUGUGGUCUAUGCUCCAGGCUACAGCAUCCUUGGUUCUGACUGCCUUCUUCAAAUGUUAGUAGUUUGUGAGAAGACUAGUUUUAAGGCGGGACCUUCCUGAGGGAGUCAUCUCAUUCUAAACAACAGCUACAUUGUAAGGCCCAAAUCCUACAAUUCGUUGCAUGUGGGGAGAGCCCUAUCCACUUCAAUAAUGCUUCAUAUGGUUUCUGUAUUCUGCCUCUAUGACAUGAAUUGCAGGAUCAUGGUCUAAGCACAUAUAUCAUGGUAUGUUUUGAAAUGAACAAAGAUAUGGGCUCACUGCCCUAAAUCCAACUACAUCUUGCAAUAAGAACAUUCCCCCUUUGUAAUGUAUUGGAAACACACUGCAGGAUUUCUGUUGAAGAAAGAACUUUCUCAUUUAGGCAAUGCCUUUCUUAAAGGAAUGUGUUAGUCUAGCAGCCACAAAAACAGAAAUAGCGGAAGAGCAAUGUAUUAAAAUUUCAAUGGACAUUUGGAAGUGUUUGAAUAAGAUGAAGAUCUGAAAUGCUGAGAGAUCUUCAGUUAGACAUGCUAUCCUGUACUCAGCAAAGGAUGUGUGACUGUUAUAUGUUAACUGUUCUAUUCAGUUUUCAGCAUGUUUGAAUAGAGAGACAUUAAUAUUAACCACGUGACAGACUAAUGUAUUAUUUGUUAAGAAUAUCACUACAACUCUAAUUGAAACUUUCAUUGUUGAAAGAGGGAAAAAAGGUUAAAAAAAGAAAAAGAAUGUAGACAGGUAGCCUUAAUAUGGAUUAUGGUUUUUUUUCUAAUAUAUUUGUUUCCCCCCAUGAAAACAAUUUUAUAGCACGUGGAACUGAAUUUUCAGUAGAGUCUGGCACUUUUACUAUGUAGACUGCACAAAAAGAGUAUGUAAAUUGUACUUACACCAAAGAAAUAACAGACCAAAUUCUGCUCUGAUUUACACUCCGUGCAGUCCCACUAGACUCCCAUUGAAUUGGAAAGACUGUAAAAGUCAGUGUUGAAGUCACUUUGGUCUCUUAAAAUUGUAUCUGUUCUUCAUUUGGGAAACAAACCAAUCCUCCACAUAAGAAGCUCUAAUUUUGGUGAUUUAUAUCUCUGAUAAUUAAAAAUUACAGUUGACCUGUAAAACUCAAAUUUACUCUGCUGUGAAAUUUCACACAUACAGUGUUACACAUAAGUGAACUGAGAGAAUAGUUUAUUAAAUAGUUUUAAACCACUCAAAAUACAUCUACAUCUCAAGUAUAAUGCAAUUGAACAGAAAUAUAAAAUAGGGCCAUUGUAUGCCCUAGAUUUCUUGCUUCUAAAAGGACUUCCUUCAAAAGCAAGUAUACCAAACCUUCUCUCCCCUUAAAAAAUCCUGUUAAUGGAGUAUUUCCAACACUUUAUAGCAGUAAAUGUAGUGAGUAUAAUCAUGCUUCAUAUUGUUAACCACUGAAGAAUAAUUUUCAGUACAACUCUUAGGGGCUAGAACUGAUUUUUUUUUUUUUUAUGUUGAAUAUCACCUUACUUCUUGAAUAGCUCAAUUAAUUUCAGUUACUCUAUUCAUGAAGAAAGUGUUAUUCAAAAUGAGCAUCUGGCCCUCUGUUAGGGGAGGAACCCCGCCCCCUGAAAAGUGGCUAGAUUCUCAGAUGUUAUUAAGUCUAACUGUAAUGAAAUCAGUAAAAUAUGUAUUUAGAUGGAAAAUGAGGCAUGCAUUUAGAUACUUUCCUGAACCAUGAGUUAACCCCCCCACCCAUCAGCUAGAGGGCAAAGUUUGCAGAAUAAAACACCCUAAUGUAAAUUGUUGCAUUUCAUCAAUGCUAUGAAAUUAAGUUUAUUACAUUUUGUAGGUUACCUGUACUUCUUAAAGAAGUGAUAAAAAUGUAUAUUACAGGAGAGUUUGUCAAAGUAUUAAUAAUGGGAUUUAAAAUUUAAAUUAAUAAAAGCAGACCUUUAAAAAAAAGUUUAAAUCUGGUCUAAAAUCUGGCAGAUUCAGGAAUGUUGAUUGUCUCUCAGUAGAGCAGAAUUUUCCCAUAAACUCAUAUACCUAUAGGCAAACAACAAAGCUAAUAAAUUAGUUUCUGAGUUGACCUCUCUUAUUUUCCUUUUAUCAUUAUGUUUGUGCUAGCUUAAACUGUUAGCUUCAUUCUACAUUUUGAAAUUUAAUUUCAGGCCCAUAAUCCUCAAACAGCUUGGGAAAAAUGCAACAGCUUUCAUAUGUUUUGGGUUUUUUUUUUCCUUUUUAUGUAAAGUCCUUCAUUUCAAUAAACUGGCAUGGACAAUGAUCUAUAAAAUACUGUUCCUGACAUAAAAUCAAUUGCACAGGUAAAAGAUUAAAAGCUCACUCCUACCUCCUGUUGAGGUCAACUGCAAAUCUCCACUCAAUUCAAUUAGAGCAAUCCUGUUAAAAAAUAUCAGUUAAUGGAAGA